AUGAAUGCAAUGGACGUUUACGACUUUGACGAGCAGACGACUCCCGCUCCGCAGUCAUCAUCGAGUGGCGGGUCAGCGGCAACGACGACUGCCCAGCCUACGUUAAACGAAGAAGUACAACAAGCAAUAGGAUCAUUUGGAAGAUUUUGGGGAGGAUUCAGAGCUCAGAGCAUCUCCGCAUUGGCCACUGCGCGCAAGGAUCUAGGAUCCGUCGUACAGCAAGCUCAGCAAGAGCUCUCCAAACUUGCAGCUCCUUCUCCUACUUCUCCUCCUCCAACGUCCACCGAGACGACGUCCGCGACGGCCGAUACAUCGGAGAAGAGUAAAGAUGUGGUCGCUGGAGAUGGGCCCACUGAAACGAAGGGGACAUCCUCGCCACGAGCCUCGACGUCGGAGAGUGGUAGCAAUUUGUUCUCAUAUAUCCAAUCGUCCCUUGUAGAGAACUUGUCGACGGCGCAGAGCACAGUCCAACGCACUUUGGCGAGCCCCGAGGUCCAGAAUCUACGGUCCAACAUAAAUGCAAACAUUUCGCAUCUCCAAGAGGCCGUGCAAACCCAAGUCCACCAGGUGCAAUCCAACCCGACCAUUCAAAGCCUCCAGUCCUCGAGCACGGGCGAAUUCUUCCGCGAAGCGGUAAAGAUUGUACCACCCACAGAAGAGGAGCUUCAACGGAGUGGGUCCGGGACAAUGGGGUUGGGCAUUGACGGUAUGGAUAUGUGGGCCUUUGACGAGCUUGGUGGAGUCGUCACGGAUGAGACAGAGGUUGACGGGAAGGGAAAGGUGAAAGCCCCACCGGCUAGUAGUGGGAUUGGCCUCAAUAGAACGGCAGCUCUGCUCAGCGCAUUGAGGACAGAUCCCUCGUUGCUGCGUGCGGACCCGGAAGCGGGUGAAGGCAAAGACGCCUACACACGGUUCGUGACUGAACUCGACUCGAAAGGGGCCACAGUCGGCAGCGAACCGUGGGUACGCAAAUGCGACGAGGAACUGGGCUUGUUCGACGACUUGAAGAAGACGAAAGAUCAAUUGGUUCCUGAAGAGAUGGACGAAGCCACAUUCUGGACUCGAUAUUGGUUCCGUGCUUGGCAGAUUCGGCAAGCAGAGGAGAAGCGAAAGGCCCUCUUACAAGCGACCAUGGAACAAGAAAAAGAGGACGAAUUCAGCUGGGAAGAUGAGGAAGAGACGGCAUCGGCGCUGACUCCGACUGCUGCGCAAGGAACGGAGGGUGUACCCUCCAAGUCGCUCGAGACAGACGCCAAAGUUCAAGCUAAAGAGGAGGCCACCUCGGCUAUGAAUCGGAAGCAUGGUCCGUCAAGUCCGAGUAAAGAGUCGGAAGAAAGCUAUGACCUCGUGAGCACGCGCUCAGGAAACACGAGCGCUACAGGCUUGGCGGCGCCAUCUGGACUCUCAACUGUGGUCGAGGGUGCGAAACCGAGCGGGAAAACGGAAGAGGACGAAGAAGAAGAGGAAGAGGAGAGUGACGACGAAGAAGAGGACGAAGAGGACAGUGACUGGGAGUGA